CAAACUUAAAUUCUAAAGAUAUGAUCACUAGUGUGUAAAUACAAACAAUCAAUAUACUUAAAUUUCUUGAUACAGAAAUUAAUUAAUUCCACCGAAUCCUUUUGUUUUAUAUCAAUCUUUCAACAUCAUAGAAAGCUGUGAAAAAAAGGUAAGAUUUUACAUAAGAAAGAAAAGGCAAUUGUUAUAAGAAGAAGCCAUAUAUAUAUGGAAAUUGUAGCUUAAAUCGUUACUAAUAAUUUUACGUAGUUUUUUCAGUAAAAUUGUUAUUUCACGGGAGACUGUUGAUUAGCAAGGAGGAGCAUGGGUUUUCUUGGAGCAGUUUUUUCAGUUGUGAAUGCACUCGUUCUACCACUACUAGGGCCUGCAACAAUGCUUCUUUAUCCAGCCUAUGCAUCAAUUCAAGCAAUUGAAAGGCCUUCACAUCGAGACAACAUGCAAUGGUUAUCAUACUGGAUUCUGUAUUCAUUUAUAUCCCUCUUCGAGAUAACAUUUCUGGUAUUUCUUCAAUGGUUUCCAUUCUGGGGACUGAUCAAGCUUCUGGUUCAUUUGUGGUUAGUGCUUCCUGUUUUCAAUGGGGCAACUUUUGUCUAUGAGAAUUACAUGCGAGACUACAGAAAGCUUAAUGGCUUAUUAAACGACUUGAGAAAAAUGAUCCCUGGUGAAGGAUUUUAAUUAAUUAUGCCUUAAUUCGAUCGAGGAGAACAAUGAGCAUUGACAACAUGUUUUAAAUGUACUUGUAAGUAACGUUUUUUUUUACUAAAAUCUGAUCCAAUUUCUUAC